ACGGCUACUGAGGCUGGGAUACUUGUGUAAUACCAUCCUCUACACACUCCGGCCUUAUCUCUAAAAAGUGUGAACGGAAAUGAUGCCGUCCCUGUUUACAGUCGAGCUUCAGUACUUGUGCGGCAAUGGUCGAGUUGUCCGGACUGAUAUUUGACAGUGGAGCUCCGUAUGUUUACAAUGUCCACUCACAUUUAGGGGACGUGUGUGUGUCGUCAUAGAGACAGGGACGUAUUCCUUUAUGGAUAUCUUUAUUUCGAUUUCGAUGUAAUGUAGUGUUUAUAGACUGGACUAUUCCGAUAACAGCGGGCACCUGUUUGUGAUUAUCUGUGGAUUAAUUACCAGGGCGAUUUACACAGUUACAAUAUGGAUAGAAAACCCCCUCGGCCGCGAACUCUGGCGCUCACGCCUCCAUCUGGCAAAAAACAAGUAAAAGUUUCCCGUCAAAGAAAGGCCGCUUCUUGGGUGUCCAAGAACGAGAAACAACACGACCUUCGCUAUCUUGCCAAUGACAUCAAAAGUAUCAUCCAGGGGAUUUCAUUCGAGAAAUCCACCGAGCCAACCACGGGAAUCAACGACGGAAUUCUGAGACGAGCUGCGUACAUUGGCGUCCGACGGAGUGCUACGUCUGACGACAGUCGGCGAUCGUCGUCUCGUCGUAGUGAUGUCGUGUCGUCCUUUUACCGCGAGCGACAAGAUCGGGAUCAUCUUACACGCGAGUCCAUGCACAUUGCACGACGGGCAGCACUUCAGGAUGUUUAUAACGAGGAACGCGGGGAACUGGCCAAGGGUUCGACUCUCAAAAGGAUUUCAUGUCCCUGGGAUAUGUAUUACGAUAAAGACCGGGACGAGAGUCGCUCCCUGCAGAUGAUGGCCAAAGAACUUCGCCAUGUACAAGAUGUGCGCGAAAAGGAGGUUCGCGACCUGCUGGCUCUGAACACCAAGCUCCAGGACGACCUGUUCGAAUCCGACCAGGAGGUAUGCGCCCUACAGGAGACUAACGCCGGACUGGAGGGUCGUCUGGACGAUAUGCUACAGGUGUACGAAAGAAUCAAAGCCAACCUCAAGCGUUGUCUCGCAAAGGUCAAGGACCUCGAGAAACUCGGCAAGCUCUCUGGCAAUUACAGCGAUGAUGAGAUAAUACUGAGAAACGGCAAGGGAGACAAAUCAGAGGUGUCUAGCGUAUCGUCUGGAUUUAACACCCUCUCUGAAUCCGAGAACGUCUCCUUGGGUCCGGGAUACGAAGGUGACGGAGAGGGGUCGAUCUGUGCGGAUAUAAGUCGUCAGCUAGAUGAUGCAAUCAACGGGGCAUCGCCUCUCCCCGGGUUACCAAUGGCAGCUACAUCAGGAAUACAGACGGAUCGCCCUCCCGUACCCCCGGGCACACCCCGUUCCGUUACACCCAGUACUGACCAGUCGCAGUCCGCGGACAAACAGUUUAUAGGCAGACUCCAAGCUGACGUUAACUCCCUUUCAGAGAUUAACUGUGAACAAUCCAAGGAGAUCGAGAGGUUGCGGUCCGAUCUGGUGACAUGCCGAAAGCACAUGAUGACGUCACAGUUCCAAUUAGAGGCUGUCGAGAUAGAGUGUGGGCGACUUUUGUCGAUGGAAGAUCAACUGAUUUCUGUCAUCACCCUGUUAAAGAGGGCGAGGGAACAGCACGUACAUCGCCAGUUGCUAGGCGACAUCAUGAUGGGAGCUAUAGCUGCAGCUGUUGCCCUAGAGGACGACGUGUCUCCAGGAUUGUGCGCGGAGUCGUUCCUAAGGGAGUUACAAGAGCAACUUUCUCUUCACCCUGUCCUCAUGUCUGUAGAACUCCUAGAGGGCGCUAUUGCGUCACGUGCCACUCUGUCCAACGUGGAGAAGGUCUCCCGACAGAACAAAAGCUUGUUGGAGGAUCUCAAAUUCAUCGAUGAUGAAGAUUGUGGACAAUUGAGUGACAACGAUUCAUUUCACAGCCUCGGCAAGCACCUUAACGACCCCGACGACAAAGGGCAAAAUGACUCUGCGUGACUCGGAUGACGUCAAUUAUCAUUUCAAGGCAAUAUACAUACCCGUAUACCUCAGUAACCAUGGCAGUCUAUAAUACCUAGUGACAGAAUACAGUACCUAAGAUACUCAUUCCUUUUUUUAACUUUUAUCUCUACCUCUACCAGAGAUCUAUAUACUAAUUUAGUAUAUAAGUCUCUACCUCUACCUAUGUUUUUAUAGGGUUUAUUUACAUGUUGUCUUUUAGUUUUGUAAUUUUCUGUAAGCUAGAGUAAUCAUCUGGCGUAACUCUGUUGACUACGUUUGCUUCACUUUUAGUUUGACUUAGUUUUUAUCUCACGAAAUAGAAAAAUAUAUCCAAAAUACCAAUACAAAUCACAGGGGCUUGGCACGAUUUUCCAAAUGAUAGUCUAUAUA